CCAACCGAUGCUACCACAGAUUCUAAACUUUGUCUGUGCUUAUUUUGCUGCGUAUGGCCUUUUUAGGACUUUACCAUCUAUGAACGAUACAAUUGGAGACGAUGUGAUAUUCGGUGAUGGUAUGGAUGAAAUGAAUGGUUGUGAAAUGCAGGAAAGGUACGGAGAUGAAUGUGCAAGGGAGAAGAAAGAUUGUGGUGCCAGAGAGGGAAGUGAUAGAAGUUUGCUAGAAAAAGACAGAAACAGGUGCAAAAAUAAAAAGGAACGAAUCGGUAACCAAAAGAAAACGCACAGGUACAAAAAAUGCAAAUUUAUAAUUUUAGACGGUCUGCGCUACGAUGCCACAAUCGCAACUCACAAAUCCGGUCUGUAUUACAAUAACAUGCCCGUAUUUGAAGCGCAAUUUCAUACACGAGUACUGCUCGGGGUUGAUGAUAAAAAUGUUAUUGAGGGUAUGAGGUACAGUUUUUGGCUUGCCGAUGCUUAUAUGGCGAUGAUUGAGCAUUUCAUAACAAGCAUUGCGGAUAAAAAGUGCGAAUACUGCGCAAAGGGACAUUUACACGGUAAGAAAGGAAUUGAAAGACACGCUUACAGGAUAGAUCGUGCCAGGAAAGGAUCACACCGUACAUUCAACCAUUUUCUGUCAAAGCACGUUAAUAUAAACGUAACGGACCAUUUCACGGUUGUAAACACCCUGUUUGUCCACCCACACCCGCACACUCACCACCUCUCGAUAGCAGGCAUACCGACCAGCACGUCAACACGUAUUGAAAGCAUGGUAACGGGCAUACCCACCAAUUAUAGACACGGACUGACAACAUUCCAGCAUAUUCCUGUUCCAGAAGAUAAUAUGGUAGGCAAAUUCAAAACUGUCCUGUACGGUGACAAAAUGUGGAAAGAUCUUUUUCCUGGCUUGGCAGGCACGUGCUGCCUGGAGAGCUACGAACAGGGCCACAACUUUGAUGAUGAGAAGAAGGUGAUGAAAGAGAUUGUAGAGUGCAAGAUGGAAGGAUUUGAGCUGCUUGUCGGGCAUUUGGUGUACUUGGACCACUAUGGACACAAGUACGGUACGAUCCACCACAAGGAUAUUAGAGAUGUUCUGCGCACGUAUAACGAUUUUAUCAGAGAAUUGAUAACCGGACUGGAUGACGACACACUUUUGGUUGUGACUAGUGAUCAUGGAGUGGAGAACAGUGGUGGUCAUGGCGGCGCACGUGCCAUGCAAUUGGCGAGUUUUGUGUUUUUCUGUGGAAGAGGAAUCGACGGGACGAAAGACGAUGUGUGUGAAGCGGUGAGGAAGGAAAGCUACAAAUGGCAGUUUGAUAUGAACGAGAAGUGGAUUGAUGCCAAAAGACGACACAUAUCAACGACACAGGCAGCGCAUGCCGAUCGAAAAACUGGCAUACGGCCCGAGUCCGAUCGCUGUUUAAGCAACAGUACGAAUAAUGGCGUUUCCUACGUUCAUCAAAACGACAUAAUGCCAACGAUCUGUGCCCUGCUGGGCAAAGCCAUUCCAUUCUACAGCACAGGAACGUUUAUCUACGAAUUGGUGGGUAAAGGGCAUUUUUACGACUCAGCAGUCAGAAAAUGUGUAAAAUUGUACAAUUUGAUAAACAAAACGGAAAAAAACGCACAAAAUGAUACAAACAAAAUGAAUUACGUUCUAGAACACGUAAAGAAAUACAUCAGUGCACUUUCCUUUCACCAAGUGUUUGCAUUGAACCACUCUCUUUCGCACAUUCUCAACGAGAAGUGUGCUGGAAGCAAUCCACCCUACAUCUACUUAGGUAUACUAAUAGGCGUGCUUAACAUCAUUAUUCAGUUAAAAAGGAUAAAAUUUAAGCAGUACGAUGUUUUUCAGGUGAUAAUCACAGUACUGACAUGUCUUGCUCCUUCUUUCAGUAUACCUGUGUUCAUACAUGAGGAUAUUCUGUGGUCCCUGCUCUUUUUAGCGCUGGACUGCAGCUGGCACGGUGUUUUUUAUGCUUUAGCGUUCCUGAAGAUCGGAAAGUUCCCGGUUGAAGGAAAGAGGAUUGGCAUUUUCGAAUUAAUGAGCAAGAACAACGCGAUAAUUUUUUUGGGACUUUUGCACUACGUGCGGUACUGCUGUUCACUAGAAAGGACAAGAAAGCGUAAAAACAAUAAAUGUGAACAGGAGGAUAUUGGUCUACAGGAAAUUUUACCGUCUGAUAGUCUAUAUGACCAUUCAAGCAGCGCUAUUGGUAUGAAGGGCUGUGUUGCAGACCAAGACACAAGUAUAUUGGGAACAAGGGGCAAUAGUAGAACAAGCGACACGAUGAACACAGUGGAACACGUGAAAAUGUCUGUACACGUUUUGCUGUCAUAUCUGUGCGAUAAAGUGCAUAGAGCUUUUCGUCUUCAGCUUAGUAUUUUCGAGUCUGCCGCAUCAUUUCUCAUAUCUCUUACCUCCUACCCGUACAUUCAUGUGUUGGUUUUACGCUAUUUCUACCAGGGCACGUCAUCCUAUCGCACACUGAUCAUCUCAAUGCUUUCUGUCAAUCACCGUCUCCUGAAGUAUUUUAUCUACCCCAUAAAAGAGACUCUGUUCAUUUUCUAUCCCAUUUCAGGUCCUUGCACAGGUACAAAAUCGAACAUCCGUAAAUCGCACAUUCUGAAACGGAUCGCAUACUUCUAUUCGUGCAUAUUCGCUAGCAACAGAACGAUGGACCUGUGCACAAUCGACUACAUGACAUGUUUCAUCGUUUCCGACCGGAUCAAUGUCAAUUCUUUGUUCUCCGUUCUGCUGUAUUUCUUUACGCCACGAAUAGUACACCAUGUGCCCUGUGAUGACAUAUACCUGUUGGUAAACUCAGUUGCGUUUCUAGGUAGUUUUGUGGGAACGUGGUGGUUCGGAAGCAAAUUUGGCAACGAAUAUUUCUAUGGACGGUUCUUUAACGUUGGUAUGUACUUCCUCAUGGAUAAUCUUGUGAUUUUAAUCAGCGAUAUCAAAAAAAUUAUUUGGUGAAAUAAACUAAAAAAUUCGAUUUUGUCGGCUUUCAAGUUUUUAUUGACGUGCCCUCAGCUGUUAUAUUGUGUAAAAUACUAUUUUUGUGCAGAUCGAGAAUAUUUUGGCUGCUAAUCUGAACAUUUCGUGCAUGUCGACCAGAUAAGUAAAUUUAACCUGUA